AUGGCCUCCUCCCUUCCCCCUUCCGUCCCCCCAACGCACCCGGCCGUAGCCAUGAUCGAGGGUCCCCGCAAGCCCCUCGGCAUCAUCGACCAGCCCACCGUCCCCCCUAAGCCCUCGGAAGCCCUCAUCCACGUAACGUGGACCUCUUCGACCCCUCUGGACCUGCACCGCGCCGAUGGCGGCCUGCUAAUCAACAAGUAUCCCUUUUUGAUGGGCGGCAGUUUCGCCGGCACCGUCCUCGCCGUCGGGUCAAACUCAGACCCGAACGACAGCAACAGCACCCCUCAAAACAAACAGGCUCAUGUCCAAGUAGGCGACGUCGUCUUCGGCAUGACAAUGGACGGGGUGGAAGCGGAAUCGACCUUCCAGCCGUACAUAACGGUCCCGCUGUGGAGGGUUAGCAAGCUGCCGCCCAAUCUGACCCCGCAGGAGGCUGUGUCGGUCCCGACGAACCUCGUCACGGCCAUGCACACGGCCACGCACGACCUGGGCCUGGCGAUGCCGUGGCCGGUUCCCGAUGGGUGGCAGCCGCCUGCCGCGUUCAGGACCGCGCCCAUCCUCGUCUGGGGCGCCGCCAGCAGCGUCGGCCUGUACCUUGUGCAGGUGCUAAAGCACUGGGGGUACGCCCAUGUGCUCGCCGUCGCGAGCGGACGGCAUCACGCUACGCUCAAGGGCUUGGGGGCCAAGGAGUGCUUUGAUUAUAGGGAGGGAGAGGACGUGGUGGUGGGGAAGAUCAAGAGGUAUCUCGACGGGGUGGCCGGCACGCCAAAAGUGCCGUUUAUUGUCGACUGCAUCGGCUCGAGGGAUGGCACGCUGCGCCCCCUGACCCAGAUCGCGGAGUCGGGGGCCAAGGUUGCGGUCAUGCUUCCUGUGAUCAAUGUCCAUGCCGCCGAGGACCGGGCGCCCGAGUAUGAGAUGGACAUUUCAAAGGUUCUGGUCGGACAUUGGAAGGAAGGGGUUGAGUUGAUCGGAACGAGGACGCAUUUCUAUGCUGAGAACAAAUUCUUCAAGGACCACCUCCAGCCAGAGAUUGUGCCUGCCCUGUUGGAGCAAGGAGUGGUUAAGCCGAAUCCCCUAAAGAUUGUUGAAGGCAAGACCCUCCUUGAGCGGGCAGAGGCUGCUCUCAGCCUCCUCAGGAACCAAGCUCCGUCGGGAGAGAAGCUUGUAUGGAGGGUGGCGGAAGAAGAGGCCUAGAAAAGAGUUGGGUGAUGCUGCCCGGACCGUGUGUUGUCAAGUCUGCCGGGUUGAGACGGCAACAUCUUGCCUGAUGUUAUCCCGGAAUAUG